AUGCACUGCCUUCUUCUCCUGACUGCCGCGUCUCUCGCUGCGGCUCACGUUCCUUCAGUCAGCGUGCCCGCAUGUCCCAAAUACGGCACCAUCAAGUUUUCCAAAUCUGUUCCCGACGGUGAUCCUUUCCCGCGUACCGAAGUCGACCUCUGCUACACAGACACCGCUUUGUCCCUACAAUUCACGGCCCUUGACGAGAAAUACUUCUACUUUAACGAAUCCCAAGGAACCAACGACGAUAUCUGGGCUUACGAAGUCGUUGAGGCGUUCAUCUACAAAGGAACCGACGAUCCGCAGACCUAUCUCGAGUACGAAAUCAACCCCAACAACGUAACCUACCAAGCCUUUGUCUACAACCCCUCCAAGGUUCGAGCCGAGGGCGCUCCGUUCGACCAUUUCUUCAUCUCAGAUCCCGAGGGCGAUGGAUUCACGGCAGAGACACAGCUAAACAAGCGGGCGAAAAAGUGGGUGAGUAAGGCUCAAAUCCCGCUGGGUCUGUUCAACGUCGAUCCUGGAUGUGCACGGGGUACAAAGUGGAGGAUGAAUUUCUUUCGCACGGUUACGAGCCCCAAGAUGUUUCCUGACCAAGACCUUGGUGGCUGGAGCUCACCAGAUAAAGCCAGCUUCCACAUUACGAAGUUCUUUGGUCAUGUCAGCUUUGUCCUAUAUCUGUUUCGUCAACAAAUCAUCGCCAACGAAUCGUCAUCAUCAGUUAUGCCGCGCAAGGGUAACCGCAAGGUGCGAUCCGGUUGUUUGACAUGUAAAGCUCGAAAAGUGAAAUGUGAUGAAGGGAAGCCUACAUGCCAGCGAUGCGUUAUCGGCGGGCGGCCACGAAAUCACGUACUCGGAAAUACAGCCAGAAGCGAGUCGAGAACCAUAGAGUUCUUCUGCAAGGUUGUCGCACCGACUCUGUCUGGACCUAUCGAUCCCUACUUUUGGACUCAUAUCGUCCUCCAGUUCUCAGAGAUUGAACCUGCUGUUAGGCACUCUGUCAUGACUAUUAGUUCUCUAUUUGAGAAUCGCCGAAGCCCUGAUAAAUCCUCGGCACUCGCUAUACAGAGAAACGUUGUUGCUCUGAAGCAUUACAACGCAGCUAUUCGCCAACUGCAAAGCCCCAAGAGCCCGGAUCUGAUAUUGACCUUGUUAACAUGCCUGCUCUUUGUCUGCAUCGAGGUUCUGCACUCCAACAGCGAUGUCGCCAUUCGACAUUGCUAUCAUGGAAUCAACCUUCUCGGCACUUCUGAUCCACCGGACUGGGCCACACGAUUCCUUAUGCCCGUAUUCCGAAGACUCAGUCUCUUGCCCUUUUACUUUGGAGAUUCGCAACCUUUGGCUUGUUGCCCUGCUUUGACGCAGCCAAGUCCGACAAUCACUUCGUCUUUCUCAUCGUAUUUCGAAGCGCAGGUUUCAAUCGACGCCAUUUACAAUCUGACCAUACAGCUAUUUCGACAAACCGGGGAGUUCCGAUUGGGAAAGAUGAGAUAUCAACCAGGCCCACCAGAAAUACUUGCCGAACAAAACAAGAUUCAUCAAUAUCUAACCCAAUGGAAGUCGGCAUUCGAAAGAUUCGAAUCUGAAACUCCGGUCGACAUCAGUCCAGCAACUAAAAUCUCGCGAAUAUGGCCAUUCCAGUUGUACCACGUCUGCACUGUCCUGUCGACUGUGAUCUUUACAAAAGAGGAAACGGAUUACGACGACUUCAUUCCCAAUUUCAAAGAAAUGGUCAAAGGUGCUGCCGAAAUCGCGGGAUUGAGAACCCGACCAAUGAGGUCCGAGUUCCAUUUCGAAAUGGGCUUUGCGCCGUUGCUUUUCUUCGUGGCCAUAAAAUGUCGAGAUUUUGAAACAAGAAUGGCGGGUCUUCGUCUGAUGAGCGUGCUCUGCGCAGCCCAAGAGAGUCUUUGGAAUAGCCAUACGUUGCAAGUUGUUGCACAACGGAUUAUUGAUCUCGAGCACGGUGUCACGGCUGGAGAACACUCAGCGCAGUAUAAUUCCUUGCCUGCCGACGAUGUUAGAGUUCGACAUUUUGUCGUUGGCCCAGUAAAGUCUGGACCCGACGGCUUGAUUGGUAGAGAAAUAUCCUUCUAUAUGCCAACGAAAGAUGGCAUAAACAUUAAGCGUGAAAUCUUCUCCAUGAAGAGGUUGAAUGAACCUCUAGAACUCGAAGGCUCGCCGGGAGUUUUCACCGUCGACCUUGCUACAGAAACGUUGCCGAUGAGAUAA